AUGCUGCCGUCUAAAAAGAAGCGAAAAUUAUCUAAAGAAGAAAUAGCCUUAAAGAAGUCAAUUGCUGCAAAGGCUCGAUUAAUAAAGAUUAAAAGUGAUCCUGUUUUAUUAGCUCAAUACAAAAAGAAAGAAACACUGAAGUAUCCGAAAAAGAAAGAAAAAGGACAGCGAAAGUGUAUUCAAGAUAUGACUCCAAGAGAGCAAAGAAAAACUCGAGAAAAGUGGAAGAAGUAUUCAUCUAAUUAUAGAAUAAACCAAAAAGUUCGUCAAACCAGCAAGCAUUUAUUCCUCUAG